AUGAAUCAUGAAGAAUCAUCUUUGUCUGCUGUAAAACAGAAAACCCAAUGCACGCUUUCCGAAUUAAUUCAAUAUCAAUGUCGAAUUGAAGAAAACCGAGUUAUCUGCGUUCCAUUUGUUAGAAUUUUUAAAAAAUGUAUUGGCAAACCAACUGUUGAAAUAACGCCGUUUUAUGAUUCCGAGGGUAAUCCUAUUGCUCCUGGUCACCCUGCUUCAUACUUGAUUUUCACUAAUCGAUAA